GCUGCCGCACUUCCACCGUCGGACCUUUAAAGCGUGACAUCCAGCGGAAGUAAACAAAACCAACGCUAGUAGCGUUAGCUACGUCCAUGCAGUGAAUGAGCUGGGUGAAAAUAUUGUAGUGAAAGCGCAGCUAAUUAUUGAAUUUCAUACAAACAACAAUGUCUUCAGUUGAGUGUUUGAGAGAGUUUGUCAACGAGCGACUAACAGCUGCUGCUGAAGAAAUAUUCAGAGUUUUUAAACAAACUAUCGUCGAGUACGAGGAAGAGAUCGACCGUCAGCGCAAACUGCUGGACAUCGUUUGGAAACCUGAAAUAAAGCUACACAGGAUAGAGCUCCCACAGCAGCAUGUCUGUAAGGAGGAGGAGGUUCUCACUGAGCAGCAGCUCUUAAACCAGGAGAGGAACUCCAGUCUGGACCAAGAGGACCCAGAGCCUCCACAGAUUAAAGAGGAACAGGAGGAACUGUGCACCAGUCAUGAAGGAGAGCCGCUUGAACUGAAGCUGGAGACUGAUGCCUUUAUGUUGACUCCUGCUGAUGAGGACAGUGUCCACAGUGAACCAGAACUACAAAGUGACCACCAGCUGCUCUCUGACAACUCUCAUGUAGCUGAGAGUCAGGACCAGAGAGGAGGCAAGCAUGGAGACUCAGGAUCAACUAGAGAUGCAGAGCCAGAACCAACGAAGAGACCUGACAGCAGUGAAAGUCACAGUGACAACGAGAACAACUCCAACUUGUCAGAGAUUCAACAGAGUACACUUACAGACAAGAAGUCUUUCAGAUGUGACACUUUUGGGAAAACUUUAAAAUGUAAGUCCCAAUUUCACUCACAACUGAAAACUCAUAUGAAAACCAACAUAAGUAAGUGGUAUACUUACAAUACAUGUGGGAGAGAUUUUAAAAUGAACAGUAACUCAAAAGACCACAUGAGAGUUCAUUCCAGCGAUGACGGCAAACCAGAACCAAAGAUCCAACAUAAUCCUCUCCCAGGCAAAAAGUCCUUCAAAUGUAAGACAUGUGGGAGAGAUUUCAAAUACAGGAGCUAUCUUAAAAUACACAUGAGAAGUCACACCGGAGAGAAGCCGUAUUCGUGCAAAACAUGUGGAAAAGACUUCCAAUCUACAAGUGGGUUUAAAAGUCACCUGAGAUCUCACUCGGGGGAGAAACCGUACAUUUGCAACACAUGUGGGAGAGGAUUCAAACAAAACUUCAACUGGAAAUUCCACAUGACAACCCAUACAAUUUAGAAGCCCUACAUUGUCAAGUGUGUGGGAUAAGACUAUUUUCUAGUUUGGUGAGACGGUUGGUUCCAGUGGUUUGUGGUGAGGAGCCACACAGUUGCAGCACUUGUUGGAAAAUGUAUAUUCUAUUCACAUACUUGAAGAAACAACUGAGUAUCAUAAACACAGGAGAAACCAUCGAGUGUUCAUCUGCUGAAUCAUAGACACUUUUGCAAUGGCUUCGUCUCUGUAACUGAAUGUAAAAUGUUUCCAUAAAGAUGAGAUGUGAUGUUCUAUGAUUCGCUGAUAUUUCUGUUAGCAACAGUAUUUCUUUGAAACAACUGUAAUCUCCCAAAUGGAGGAAAAAUAUUUGUUUGACAGUGAGAGCUCAGUGUUGGCUGUCAAGGUCACAGUGUGAGAUGUGUGUGUAGAUGGUUUUACCAAAUGGCAACUUUUGAACCAUCUCAGAGUCACUUUUAGUUAAAGUUUAACAAGGACUUAAAAUCAGUCUAUGUUAGUUAUGUAUGAAGCUGACUAAAGAUGUUGGCACAGAGUCAGAUUUUACUUUUGAGAGAGACAUCACUGUUUUAUUUUAUUAUAUAAGAAGUUCUAUUAAAUGUGGACUUGACUUGUUUUUGCUAUUUGUAUACACAACCUCAUUUAUAUAUCUGACCAACAGAAUAAAAGUCAUUUUUUGUUUCCCAGUUUUGCCACAUGAAUGAUUUAGAGGAUGAACUGAUUUUAUAAAUUGCUUGCUGUUUGAUGGCAGUUCAUUUUAGAA